AUGGUCUCCUCAGAAAGUAGCUGGAUCGCAUAUACAUACAGCCCCUCCAUCGCCGCAGCCGUGAUCUUCGUGAUCCUCUUCGCAGUCACAACCGUCCUACAUACAUUUCACCUCUUCCGCACACGAACAUGGUUCUUCAUCCCUUUGGUUAUCGGCGGAUACUUCGAACUGGUAGGAUACAUUGGCCGCGCGAUGUCAGCCCAACAAUCCCCUAAUUGGACACUGGGUCCAUACGUUAUGCAAAGUACACUCCUCCUCAUCGCGCCAGCCCUCUUCGCAGCGAGUAUCUACAUGGAACUCGGACGAAUCGUGCUCAUGGUUAAGGGUGAGAAAUUGGCGCUUGUGAGGGUAUCGUGGAUGACCAAGAUAUUCGUCGCGGGAGAUGUGUUGAGCUUCUUGAUGCAGGCAUCUGGUGCUGGAAUCAUGGCUUCAGGCUCAUCUUCGUCAUCAAGUACAGGCCAAAACGUCAUCAUUGGUGGUCUAUUUGUUCAGAUUAUCUUCUUUGGAUUCUUCCUCAUCAGCGCGCUUGUUUUCCAGCGGCGCAUUCGGGCUGAUUCUGCUGCUAGUGCUGUUGCUGACCAGUACCCCUGGCGCAAGCAUAUGUGGGCUUUGCACUCGUCUAGUAUUCUUGUUCUUAUUCGGUCUGUUGUGCGUGUUGUUGAGUAUAUUCAGGGCACGUAUGGUUAUGUCAUGGGCCAUGAGGCGUUUAUUUAUGUUUUCGAUGGGUUGUUAAUGUUUGCGCUUAUGGUUAUCUUUGUGGUUGUUCAUCCUAGUGAGGUUAACUACCUUCUUGGGAAGGGGAGGGCUGUGGUGCGGAUGGGGGGCUUGAAGGUGGGAGCUGAUGUGAUGGUUUAA